AUGAAUAGAUUAGCAAUUAAACUCUUCAAUUUUUCUAGUACUAACUCAACACCUAUAUAAUGGAUAAAGAAUAAAUUUAAUUUAAAAAAUACAAGAGGAUAAUUUAUAUUUAAUGAUAUUGAAACAUACAUCUUUGGAAAUCAAUUCAAUUCAAGUAAAUAUUAUUAAUAUAUUUCUAGAAAUUCAAUGCGAUUAAAUUUUAAUUAGAUAUAAUUUUCUAAUUGUUCAUAUUUGGCUAGUUUAACAAGCAUUAUAAUAACAUUUGUUAAAAAAUUAUGUUAUUAAAUAAUAACUUGAAAGUAUUUUAUAUAAAUCUGCCUCUAAUUAUAUUUAUUAAUUUGAUGUAAAUAUAAAUAUAAUAUAUAGGAUAAUUAUAAUUAAGAAAUGAGAUAAGAACUUGAAAGAAAUUAAGAAGUCUUAUAAUUUGUGUUAGAUGAUUAUUUUAUUUAUUAAUUUAAGAAGAAGAGUUUAGAAUAGAUUGUAUUUGAGUAACAACAUUAUUUCAUUUAGAGAUAUUUUGCUACGUUAACAAAGUGAAAAACAAAAAAUAGACAAAAUUUGUACUUAUAUAAUUAAUAAUGUAUAUUUAUUAUUAAAUAUCAGUACAAUCAUAUGUUAAAAUAUGAUCAAGGAGUAUUAAGGGGAGAAAAAGAAAAGAUCAUAUGGGUUGAAUGA